UCAUGCGUGACGAAGGAGAUGGCGCACUCUUGCUGGCCUUGCCGGUCGUCGGAUCAGGCUCAAAGAGAGACUUGAAGCGGUCGUCGAGCACGAUUUUAUUGGAUGCUCUUUUUGGCUUGACGAACCGAGGAUCAGUGUGGAGGGAGGCAAAGCGAGCAUCUGUGACGAGCUUGGCCUGGCCUUCCUUGUUGCCCUUGGACUGCUUCCGCUUGGUGCCGCCGUUGAGGCUCAUCAGGGGAUUCGUCGACUCACUCGAGCGGUCGAGAGAGGCCAGCAAGAAAUAAAUUGACUGUUCCUUACCGACGACGACGAGGACGACGACGAGGAGCAGUCGACAGCUGGCUCCAUGGCAGGCUUAGUCGAGUAUGCUGACUCUGACGAGGAAGCGAGUGCCAAGACGGCCUCUCGACCGCAGGACCGGCCAGUAGCAGCCUCAACAAUCCAGCCAGCAGCCGGUGAUGACAGUGACGAGGAGGAGGAUGCCAAUCCUCUCGCUUUCACAGGCACAGACGCCCCUCGACGGCCACAGCCUACCGCUAGCGUACGCAGACUAGGCUCUAGCAAGAUCAGCGCUGCGCCAGAUGUGCUCGAUCAAGACAUCAUGACAGCUGGCUCGACCUCACUCGUCACAAGACCGACGGACAACCAGAUGAACAUCAACCUGACCUACCAAGACAUGCUCGCACCCGUCGCCGGUCCACUGCCCAUCGGAGGCGAAAAGUCAUUCGACCGUAUGAACAUGCUCACAGGUCAUGUGGAACAACAGGCCAUGUCAGACCUCGACUUCAAAGUCCAAGAGCGCGCUUAUCAGUCACUCGGCUAUGCGCGCAAUCCCUCCGAACUCAACUCUGCCCAGCAGCCUUUCGUCGGCGAUCUCAUCGCUGCACAGAACGUCAAGGACGUCUCCUUUGAUACCUUUAGACCUUCUGCCGCGAUGAGGCAGGAGAUGAAGAAAAAGCGAAAGAACAAGGGCGUCUUGGGCGAGUUUGAUCCAGAGGGCGAGGAGAUCGCCGAAGAGGACAGAGUGGAGUAUGUCGGACCCUGGGCAGCCUACAGAGAAGAACGACUAGACAUACCUGCCGGACCAGACGAAGAGGAGUACGAGUCCAGCGCCAGAAGAGGAGACAAGCGAGCCAUCCUCGAAAGGUCCGCGCGCGAGGUCGGCUUCGGGGAGGAGAAAUCUGUCUUCCAUGGCGCAGCGAUGCGAGACUAUCAGGGAAGGACAUACAUGGCCACUCCGAGAGACAUCGACACCGAUCUCGAACCUUCCGAGCCUGGAACGCAGCAGUGCUACAUUCCAAAGUCUUGCAUACACACUUGGUCAGGCCAUACUAAGGGCGUCUCCUGCAUUCGACUCUUCCCAAAGACCGGUCACCUCAUCCUCAGUGGCUCUAUGGACUCGCGUGUCAAGCUGUGGGACGUCUACCACGAAGGCAAAUGCCUGCGGACAUUUAUGGGUCAUGGCAAAGCUGUCCGCGAUGUCGCAUUCAACAACGAUGGCACAAGAUUCCUCUCCGCAGGCUAUGACCGGCAAAUAAAGCUAUGGGAUACAGAAACAGGACAAUGUCUACAAGCAUUCACAAACACAAAGAUACCCUAUGUCGUCAAAUUCAACCCUGAUCCAGCGCAACAGAAUGUCUUUCUGGCCGGCAUGUCCGACAAGAAGAUCAUUCAAUAUGAUCUCACCAGCGAAAAGAUCACUCAGGAGUACGAUCAACAUCUCGGACCCGUCAACACCAUCACCUGGGUCGAUGAGAACAGGCGCUUCGUGACGACCUCAGACGACAAGACGAUCCGCGCAUGGGACUACGAUAUCCCCGUCGUCAUCAAGUACAUCGCCGAACCGAGCAUGCACAGCAUGCCAGCCGUCACUCUCCAUCCCGACAAAAAAUACAUGGCCAUGCAAUCGCUCGACAAUCAGAUCCUCGUCUGGACGACAGAAUUCAAACAGAACAGGAAGAAGCGAUUCGCAGGUCACAUCACUGGCGGAUAUGCUUGCGAGAUCGCGUUCAGUCCGGAUGGCAAAUGGCUCAGCUCCGGUGAUGGCUCCGGCAACUUGCAUUUCUGGGACUGGAAGACCUGCAAGAAGAUGCCACAGCGGAUAAAGGCUCACAACCACGUCGUCAUCUCCCACGCCUGGUUGCCGCACGAGACUUCAAAAGUAGUGACAGGAAGUUGGGAUGGCAACAUCAAGUUAUGGGACUAGCCGACCGACCAGCAUGCUGUACGAUUCUGUAUAGCCUUACAAAGA